UGUAAAGAAGUUACUGAAAGCUAGAGCAGAAUAUGUUUACUAAAAUGACUGCUAUGUAGCGCUAAUUGGUGAUAUAUUAAACACGAUCGGAUACGUAAAUGACGACGAGGACAUUAAUAGACAAGCACAGAAGCGUAUUGGUGAAAAUUAAGUGAUAAAGUGGUUUGUUUGGUUUAUUUAUAGUCUGGCAGACGCUAAGCUAAAGUGAAGCGCGCUGUGUUGUCAUUUACUUACAGCUGUAUGUUAGCUAAUUUAGCUGCUACCUCAGGGCUGGAUCAAGAUGAACUCUUUGCGGGAGAUAAAACAGCUGCAGAAAGCCAAAAGCAAAGUGCAAAACAGCAACAACAUUAGAGAGGAAGCAAACAUCUGCAAUCAGCUGGGAGAACUGCUGUCCAGAAAUGGUGAUUAUGAGGCUGCUAUUAGCGAGCACCAGCAGGAGUUAUCCCUCUCUGAGGUGGUCAACGAUGUGAUUGGACGAGCUGUGGCCAAUCGCAAGAUAGGAGAGUGCUACGCUGAGAUGGGAAACAUUGAGGCUGCUUUGAAACACCAGCAAUGUCACCUGGACCUGGCUCGCUCUGUCAGAGAUCAUGCUGAGGAGCAGAGGGCGCUGGCCACUAUUGGUCGAACCUACCUCUUCCGUUAUGAAUCGGACCAAUCGAGGGGCAGUUUGGAGCAGGCAGAGGAGGCUUUCAGGAAGAGCCUGUCCAUUGUGGACGACCGUCUAGAAGGGACUGUGCCACAGCGAGAGAUUAGUGAGAUGAAGGCACGUCUCUUCCUCAAUCUUGGACUGGUCUGUGAUCAUCUAGGGGAGCCCAAACGUUGCAGCGAGUUUAUCCGACGAAGUGUCUUCAUUGCAGAGAGGAGUCAGCUGCUGGAGGAUCUCUACCGUGCCAACUUCAACCUGGGCAACAUUUACUUUCGUCACGGUCAACACUCUAAUUCUGUGCGCUGCCUUGAACAGGCCAAAGAGUGCGCCAGGAAGAUCAAGGACAAGUUUAGUGAGAGCGAGUGCUUUAACUGCAUCGGCAAGGUGCAGCUGUCUCUGGGUGAUUUUGUAGCAGCUCGACGAUCUCUGAAGAAAGCUCUCCUUCUGGGUUCUCAGCAGCCACUGGACAGGCUGGCGGUGAAGAAAGCGUUCAAAUAUGCGGACCAGGGCUGUAAACUGGAGGAAGAGUUGGGGGAGGAUCAGGGCAACAAACUCAGCUCCCAUCAGGCCGUGGGGCUGGCAGAGCAGCUGGGGGACCUUUACUGCAAGGUUGGCUGCUACAGCAAAGCUCUGGAUGCAUAUCAAGCUCAGCUAAAGGGUGCUGAGGCGUUGGGAAAGCCUGCCAGGGAGCUGGCUGUGAUCCACGUGUCUCUGGCUGCGACCUGCACUGACCUGAGACAGCACAGCAGGGCGGUGGAGCACUACAGGAGGGAGCUGGCUCUACGGCAGGACAGCCCCACUGAGGAGUGUAGCACUUGGCUGAACAUCGCUGCGGCUCAGGAGGAGAGCGGCUGUGCGUCGGAGGAAACGGACAGCAGCUACAGUUCAGCCUCACGCCUCGCUGACCAGUCUGCUCAGGCCAGACUGCAGAAACGUGUGUUGAGGCUCUGGCUGGCGUCCCAGAGGCGAUGCGGCUCCUCUCAGGCUGAGGACACUGAGGCCAGGCUGCAGGAGCUCUGUGCUGCGGAGGGCUGGAGCCCAGAUGGGAGUGAUGGUGAGGAGGAUGAAGAGAAGGAGAUGGAUAACAGUGAGCCACUGGAGGACAGCGAUGUCAAUCUCUCAGAAUCAGAUGAUGAUUUGGAGGGAUAUGACAAGAUGGUGUCAGGAAGGAGAAAGGCAGGAAGGUGGAACAAGAGGAACGAAAAGGGCGAGACGUCUCUGCACAGAGCGUGUAUAGACGGUAACCUGAAGCAGGCCCAGUAUCUGAUGGAACAGGGUCACCCGGUGAACCCCAGAGACUAUUGUGGCUGGACUCCCCUUCAUGAGGCCUCCAACCACGAUCACUAUGACAUUGUAGCCUUGCUUCUGGAGCACGGCGCUAACGUGAAUGAUCCUGGCGGACGCCUAUGUGAUGGGGUGACCCCUCUCCAUGAUGCGCUCGCUUGUGGAAAUCUAAGAGUUGGAAGACUGUUGGUGGAGCGAGGGGCUUCUGUCACCCAGCGCAACUCCAAGGGCGACUCCCCCAUGGACACCCUGCGUCACUGGCAGAGGACGUACAGCAGGGAGUUGGACCAGGACACCAAGCAGGAGUGCAUGGCGACAGAGAGACUGCUGAGGAAGGCUCUUUCAGGCGGAGUGGCUGCUGCUCCGGCCCCAGCCAAGCCUUUCGAUGCCCUGCAGGACAGCCAGCUGUUUGAUGCUGAGAACUCAGAGCCGCUGUCCUCCUCUGCAGGAGGCUGUCCCUCUGGAGGGGGGGGUCCUUCCAGCCAAAGCCGGCCCAGAACAAACAGGAACUCUGAGGUGACGGCAGCACCUGCCAGCCCCAAACGGUGGCAGAGCAACGGCUCAACCCGGCGCCACAGAGCCAGAGGAACAGACGCUGCUGUUCUGUAUGGGAAUAACUUCAGCUCCUCAGACGACAGCGACUCUGAACGCGCGGUAAGUCCUCCCCGUGGCGUCCGCCCUCGACACAGUUUCCCAGCAGCCCCGAGUCAAAAGGAAGUCCCCGCAAACAAGGAAGCCAACCCGAUCCCCAUUUCGGGCAGAGAAACUCUCAGGGAGGCUCCCGCGCCGUCUGUUUUUCAGCGAGAUGAGUACCACAGUGCCAUCAGAGGCCUUGGCAGCUCCAAAACUCUCCUCCAAGGUCUGUCGCAGCCUCAGUUCUCCAGCACGCCAGCUGUUUCCUCCAGCAGCAAAUCAGCCCUGGUUCCUGAAGAGGAGUAUCUCGCUGAUGAGUGGCUGCAGGAUGAUCUGGAGGAGCUCCAGCCGAAGAAGAAGAGGAGGCUCCGGGUGGAGCAAAAUGGGGCGAGAGGAGAGGACAGCGUCUUGUCUUCAACGUCAAGAAGUCAACACAGGCUCUUUAACUCUGACUCCUACAGAGCUUCUUCAGUUCCUUCGUCCUCCAGCAGGGGUCUCUCUCUGAAAAGGAACGGCUCUCAGAAGCCUCAGCAGGUGAAGAUGACUCAGAUGCCGGGGAUGGUGCGUUUGGGCCGACGAGAGGUCAACAGGUCACACAGCCCCACAAUGACAGACGAUGAGGAUAUGAGACCUGAGACGCCACCACCACCACACAUGCACAUGCACAUGCAGCCUCUGACUCACACUUUAGCUGCCCCCAUGCCUACUUCAAUGCCUCCACCAAUCAGAAUGAGGGUCAGAGUUCAGGAAGAUGUUUUCCUCAUCCCAGUUCCACAAAGUGAGGCGGACUCGUGCACCGUGUCCUGGCUGUGUGAGCAGGCCGCUCAGCGUUACUACCAGAAGUGUGGCCUCCUGCCUCGCCUCUCGCUGCAGAAGGAAGGCGCCCUGCUCUGCCCUCAGGACCUGCUGCUGGCCGUCCUGCACACCAACGAGGAGGUUCUGGCUGAAGUUUGCUCCUGGGAUCUUCCUCCUCUCCCCGAGCGCUACAAGAAGGCCUGCAACAGCCUGGCAGUGGAGGAGAACAGGCGUGUGACCCGGCUGUGUGAGGUGCAAGAUGGGAGCUCCUCUGUGUCAGUGUGCGGCCUCAGCCUGGCCCCUCCCUCCCUCAACCCGCUGCUCCGCGCCCUCAAACUGCAGGCCAGCCUCACAGAGCUGCGCAUUUCCGGCAACCGUCUCCAUGACAACCUUCUUCCUGAGCUGAUUGCCACAACAAUCACCAUGCCUCGCCUUCGCCUGCUGGACAUUUCUGCCAACGGCAUUACAGGGGAAGGGCUGGAGAAGGCGGUGAAUGCUUUAAAGGGACAGUGUCAUCCUGCGUUUCCGUGCCUGGAGGAGCUGGACCUCAGUCUGAACCAGCUGGGGGACGGGGUGUCUGAGUCUCUGUCCUGCCUGCUGUCCUGCUGUCCUCUGUUAGCCAGGCUGUCUCUGCAGGGCUGCGGCCUCACCGCACGCUUCCUCCAGCAGCACCGCCUGCUGCUGGCCAACGCUCUGUCAGGAACGGGCCACCUGAAAUCCGUGUGUCUUUCCCACAAUGCACUGGGCUCCACUGGCUUUGAGCUGGUGUUGAAGACUCUGCCUCUCCACUCUCUCACACACUUGGACCUGUCAGCCGUCCGCAGGGGUCCGGCAGAUUGUCCGGCAGAUUCCCCGGCGCUGGAACCCCUCGCUAAAAUCCUGUCGCAGGAGGAGUGUUCCCUGACCCACCUGAGUCUGGCAGCAAACGGGUUGACAGACAGCAGUGUAGCCACUUUGGCCAGAUGCCUGCCUUCAUGUCCAACUCUGGUGAACCUGAACUUAUCAGGAAAUCCAUCUGUUACUUCAGCAGGACUGAACAACAUCCUCAUCUCUCUCAGAGAGGCCUGCCGACCUUUGAACCUUCUAAACCUUCAAGGCUGUGAGGUGUGUGGCCCCUGGGACACUGCCGGUCUGGACGGUUUGUCAGAGCUGGUCCAGGAUCUGCGUCUUUGCUCUCAGGGACUCAACAAGCUGGACCGGCAGGCCCUAAAGCAGAGCUGGGACAGCAGCCGCUCCCCGGGGCGCUUCAUCGACCGGAACAGUAGGUGUCUGCUCUCCGCUCCAGCCUCGUCCUGAAGGGGGAAACUGAAAUGUGCUUCAGAGGAAAUGGCACAUCUUCAUCUCUGACACUGAGUCAUGGGAACUCAUAAACACAAAACAGUUAUACUGAGGGUGCUAUAUGAAGAUUUCCUUCAGUUAGCGGGGAUGCAAUGAACAAGAACAGUGACAUCCAAGGAUAUUUUGUGUUAUUGUCUUAUGUUUCAUGUCUUUUGUACGCCUUAUUUAUGUGUAUCUGUAAAAGUCUUCAAUUUGUUAUGUAAGCACUGUGUUUGUGUCAUGACGCAUCAACUGGAUGAUUGAAUGAUUUUGAUAUAAAAACAAUUAAAGUGACUCUUUUUGC